GAUGAUAGAAUUGUACGGUUUAAGGGCAGCCAUAGAAAGGGUUUAGAUUAUUUAAUGGUUCAACCUGAUAUUAAAAUCCAUCAACACUUCAAAGCUUCCUUCUCAUAUUCCAUUGCAAAGAAUCAAGUAUACUUUCGCUAAGCUUUCCAUGGCUUCCAACAAAAACAACAUUAAGAUCCAUCAACACAUCAAAGUUGUUCCUCCAUCAUCAUCAUCACAAACAACAACAACAACAGUCCCUCUCACUUUCUUUAACAUAAUUUGGCUAAGGUUGCAUCCAGUAGAGCGAAUCUUCUUCUAUGCCCUUCCAAAUUCACAAUCAAGCCCCUCUUUCUUCUUCCAACAAAUAGUUCCAAAUCUCAAAUCUUCACUCUCUUUAACUCUCCAACACUUUCUCCCUUUAGCCGGUAAAAUCGUUUGGCCUUCGGAUUCUUCAAAACCAUUCAUGCAGUUCAAUCCCAAUGACAAUGACAAUGGGGUUUCCUUGUUCAUAGCAGAGUCUGAUGCUGAUUUCAAUCAUGUCAUUGGAAACUCACCCCAUGAAGCUUCUUUGUCUCGUUCUUUUAUUCCCAACUUGGAAUCAUCACAUUUGUGUGCUUCUGUUAUCUCACUCCAAAUCACUCUUUUCCCAAGCCGUGGCUUCAGCUUAGGAAUCGCUCCACACCAUGCUGUUUUUGAUGGAAAAUCUUCAUCCAUGUUCAUCAAAGCUUGGGCUUAUCUAUGCAAAAAAACCAUUGAAACUGGAGAAUCACCACCUUUGUUGCCAGAGUUAGAGCCUUUAUUCAACAGAGAUAUCAUCAAAGACACGACUGAAAAUAACUCAGUCGAGAUCUUAUCCAAGUUAUUCCCAGCUGAAAACGGAAAUGAAAGAAGCCUAAAGAUUUUUCCUUCUGAACCAAAACUGGAAGAAUCUGUUCGUGCUACAUUCAAACUCACGCGUGAAGAUUUGGAUAAAAUAAAGCAAAGGGUGUUAUCGAAAUGGGAAAUAAUAGAUACAAAUGAAUCAAAGCCAAAGCCAGCGACUCUUUCUUCUUUUAUUCUCACUUGUGCUUAUUCACUUGUUUGUUUUGCAAAAGCUAUUCAUGAAGUUGAAAAAGAGAAAGAAAAGUUUGCUUUUCUUUUUGCAGUAGAUUGUAGAGCAAGGUUGGAACCACCAAUACCAGAUAACUAUUUUGGAAACUGUAUAUCGGGCCAUUUUAUUGAUAAAAAUCCAUUGGAUUUCAUAAAAGAAGAUGGUGUGUUUUUAGUUGCUAAGUGUAUUUUCGAGAAAAUAAAGAUGAUAAAAGAAAAGGGUGUUUCAGAAGGAAAUGCUUUUGAUGUGUUUGAUACACUGAGUUCCUUAAACAAGGAAGGAUAUGAAAUCUUAGGAGUGUCCGGGUCUAAUAGAUUUGGUCUUUAUGAGAAUGAUUUUGGUUAUGGAAGGCCAGAAAAAGUGGAGAUAGUGGCCAUAGAUAGAGGCUUAUCAAUUGGUUUUGGAGAUAGCAAAGAUGGCAAUGGUGGAGUUGAAAUUGGCCUUGUUCUAAAAAAACAUGUAAUGGAUCUCUUUAGCACUUUGUUCCUUGAAGGACUUCAGAUAUUAUCCUCUAACGACGAGUCACUUCUCAUAUACAAAUUAAAUAUUAAAAAAUCCAUUAAAACAAAACAAAGGAACAACAGAGGCUGAUCUAAGAAAAAAAUAAUCAAAAACCAUAAAAAUUGAUUCUAAUUUUGAAGUCUUCUUUCAUGUUUUAACAUUUAUUUUGAUGUCUCA